UUUUUGCUAUUCUUCUUCUCACAUAUCACCAAAAGAGAAUAGUUUUAGCAAAAGAAAGAGUUUCACGUUUCUACACAAUUUAAACGAUUCUCAAAAUGGCUUCUCUCAUUUCUGCAACUCUCUUGUCCCUUUUGUUACUCUCAAACGUGAACGCCUAUCCGAAACAUGGAUUCACCCUUGAGCUGAUCCACCGCGAUUCUCCCAAAUCACCGUUCUACAAUCCCGAUGAGACCUCUUCACAACGUAUGAGAAAUGUUGUCCGCCGUUCUGCUCGCAGUACACUCCAAUUCAGCAAUGAUGAUGCUUCACCAAACUCACCACAAUCAGUUAUCACUUCAAACCGCGGUGAGUAUCUCAUGAACAUAUCGAUUGGGACUCCCCCGUUCCCGAUACUAGCAAUUGCGGAUACGGGCAGCGACUUGAUUUGGACUCAGUGCAAUCCUUGCAAAGAUUGUGACGUUGCCGCUGACACCCUGACGAUUGGAUCUAGCCGUCUUCGCCCUGUGUCGCUUAGAAACGUGAUCAUUGGGUGCGGACACGACAACACUGGAAUCUUUGACGCGGCUGGCUCAGGGAUCAUCGGACUCGGAGGAGGAUCUACAUCGUUAGUCUCACAACUCGGGAAAUCCAUCAACGUUGCUUCUACAAUCAAAGUAGAGCGAUUGCAAGAUCCUAAUAGAGUUCUGAGUCUUUGUUAUAGAGACACCUCUAGUUUUAAAGUUCCAGACAUAACUGUUCAUUUCAAAGGAGGUGAUGUGAAACUCCACAAAGUGAAUACGUUUGUGGAAGUGUCUGAAGAUGUGUCUUGCUUUGCAUUUGCUGAAAAUGAACAGCUAACAAUCUAUGGGAACUUGGCGCAAAUGAACUUCCUUGUUGGAUACGACACAGUUUCUGAAACUGUGUCGUUUAAGAGGACUGAUUGUGCCCAAAUGUAGCUCACUAAACCUUCUUACAAUUAUACUAUCCAUUUUCUUUCUUAAGAAUUGUUUAUUUUUCUCCUGAAGUACAUGUUACAUUUCUUUAAAAUUGGUCUAAAAUAUAUGGGUGGUUACCUU